AUGCAGACAGAUUUUGCCAAAAAGAAACGUAAAUGGGACUGGAAUCGGCAAAACCUUAGGAUUUCCUUAGGAGAAGAAUUGCAAAGGAAAGUUCCAUAUACAGAGAUGGGCAGAAAAAAAUCUAAUACCGAGAAAUACUCUCCAAAUUACGUAGAGGAGACCCAUAACAGUACCGAGAAAUACACUCCAAAUUACGUAGAGGAGACCCAUAACAGUACCGAGAAAUACUCUCCAAAUUAUGUAGAGGAGACCCAUAGCAAGGAGACCCAUAACAGUACCGAGAAAUACUCUCCAAAUUACGUAGAGGAGACCCAUAACAAUACCGAGAAAUACACUCCAAAUUACGUAGAGGAGACCCAUAACAGUACCGAGAAAUACACUCCAAAUUACAUAAAGGAGAAUACCGAGAAAUACUCUCCAAAUUACGUAGAGGAGACCCAUAACAGUACCGAGAAAUACACUCCAAAUUACGUAGAGGAGACCCAUAACAGUACCGAGAAAUACACUCCAAAUUACAUAAAGGAGAAUACCGAGAAAUACACUCCAAAUUACGUAGAGGAGAAUACCGAGAAAUACACUCCAAAUUGCGUAGAGGAGACCCAUAACAGUACCGAGAAAUACUCUCCAAAUUACGUAGAGGAGAAUACCGAGAAAUACACUCCAAAUUACGUAGAGGAGACCCAUAACAGUACCGAGAAAUACACUCCAAAUUACGUAGAGGAGAAUACCGAGAAAUACACUCCAAAUUACGUAGAGGAGACCCAUAACAGUACCGAGAAAUACUCUCCAAAUUACGUAGAGGAGAAUACCGAGAAAUACACUCCAAAUUACGUAGAGGAGACCCAUAACAGUACCGAGAAAUACACUCCAAAUUACAUAAAGGAGAAUACCGAGAAAUACACUCCAAAUUACGUAGAGGAGAAUACCGAGAAAUACACUCCAAAUUGCGUAGAGGAGACCCAUAACAGUACCGAGAAAUACUCUCCAAAUUACGUAGAGGAGAAUACCGAGAAAUACACUCCAAAUUACGUAGAGGAGACCCAUAACAGUACCGAGAAAUACACUCCAAAUUACGUAGAGGAGACCCAUAACAAUACCGAGAAAUACACUCCAAAUUACGUAGAGGAGAAUACCGAGAAAUACACUCCAAAUUACGUAGAGGAGAAUACCGAGAAAUACACUCCAAAUUACGUAGAGGAGAAUACCGAGAAAUACACUCCAAAUUACGUAGAGGAGACCCAUAACAAUACCGAGAAAUACACUCCAAAUUACGUAGAGGAGAAUACCGAGAAAUACACUCCAAAUUACGUAGAGGAGACCCAUAACAAUACCGAGAAAUACACUCCAAAUUACGUAGAGGAGAAUACCGAGAAAUACACUCCAAAUUACGUAGAGGAGAAUACCGAGAAAUACACUCCAAAUUACGUAGAGGAGAAUACCGAGAAAUACACUCCAAAUUACGUAGAGGAGACCCAUAACAAUACCGAGAAAUACACUCCAAAUUACGUAGAGGAGAAUACCGAGAAAUACACUCCAAAUUACGUAGAGGAGAAUACCGAGAAAUACUCUCCAAAUUACGUAGAGGAGAAUACCGAGAAAUACACUCCAAAUUACGUAGAGGAGACCCAUAACAGUACCGAGAAAUACACUCCAAAUUACGUAGAGGAGAAUACCGAGAAAUACACUCCAAAUUGCGUAGAGGAGACCCAUUACAGUACCGAGAAAUACUCUCCAAAUUACGUAGAGGAGACACACAAUACCGAGAAAUACACUCCAAAUUACGUAGAGGAGAAUACCGAGAAAUACACUCCAAAUUACGUAGAGGAGAAUACCGAGAAAUACACUCCAAAUUACGUAGAGGAGAAUACCGAGAAAUACACUCCAAAUUACGUAGAGGAGAAUACCGAGAAAUACACUCCAAAUUACGUAGAGGAGAAUACCGAGGAAAACACUCUAAAUUACGUAGAGGAGACCAGUAACAGUACCGAGAAAUAA